AUGGUGACAAACGACGCAGAGGGAGGGAUGGAGAAGAAAGAGGAGAGGGACGGAAAGCCUCCAUUGGGUGGAAAUACAGACUCUCUGAAGCUGCGGGAGGCCGCGGGUGUCGCGGGACCGCUGACGCGGAAACGCCCCGAGAGUGAGACCGACAGACAUGCGUGUUUUUUUGAGAAGCGCGAGAAAGAUGGAGCAGAGGGAGAUGGAGAAGGCGCCGCGAGGCCGGGGAAGUCUCUCAGAGACGAGAGCCUGCUGCAGGCUCUCAAAAAUGCAUUUGGAUACAGCGCCUUCCGAGAGGGUCAAGAGCAGGCAGUACGUGCCAUCCUCGAAGGCAAGGACGCGCUGGUCAUCAUGCCCACAGGAGGCGGAAAAAGUCUGACUUACCUUCUUCCCGGCCUUUUGCUUCCCGGUCUCGUUAUCAUCGUCUCGCCUCUUCUGGCUCUGAUGGAUGACCAGUCGUCUCCCUUCUCUGGCGGCGCCUCGCGUUCCUCUCUUUCGUGCCUCGCUUCGUCUGUUUCGCGCGGAAAGUACAAAUUCCUGUUUGUCACUCCCGAGCAAGUGUCGAGCCCGACAUUUCAACGCGUGCUGGGCCAGCUGGAGGCCAGGCGGCGUGGCGUGGGGAUCGGCGAAGAAACGAAGGAAAACCGAAGAAACGAGGAAGCGAACGGAAACCGAAGCCAAGGCGUCGCACUCAUCGCUGUCGACGAGGCCCAUUGCAUCUCCACCUGGGGCCACGACUUCCGGCGGAGCUACAGGCAAGUCGAGCGGCAAAACCUCUCAGUCCUGCGCACGAUUCUGCCGGAGACUCCCCUCUUGGCCUGCACAGCGACGGCGACUCCUGCAGUUUGUGCGGACAUUCAAACCAGCUUGGCGUUGAGAGACGCGGUUCGAGUUGGCCUUUCGUUCGACAGGAAAAACAUUUUUUACGAGGUGCGAAUGAAGAGGCGACUCGGCCCGAGACCUGUCGAAGCGGACGACGAGGAGGCUGCAUUAGAAGGGGACCCAGCGACUGCCGCCGAGGAGGAGGAAGACUGGACCUUGGAAGACAUGGGCGCAGAAGUUGCAUCGCGACACCGAGGAGAGUGCGGGAUCGUGUACUGCUUCAAAAAAGCGACCUGCGACAGUGUCGCGACAGCCCUCCGGCGCAAGGGGAUUCCAGCUCAGGCUUACCACGCUGGCCUUUCCGACAAGGUUAGGUGUGAACUCCAGCGAGCGUGGAUGACGGGGAAGAUUCUGGUGCUCGUCGCCACCGUGGCGUUUGGGUUGGGCGUGGACAACCCCAACGUCCGUUUCGUCUUCCAUCACUCCUUGCCCAAGACGAUGGAAGGCUACUACCAGGAAUCGGGACGUUGCGGCCGAGACGGGCGCCCGGCCCACGCGCUUCUCUAUUACUCGCCUCGGAAUUUCGAGAGCCUGCGUUACAUCAUGGACUACACGUUCUCUCAGCUCAAGCUGUACGCGAAGGGGGAGCCGAAGGGCCGCGCGCGCCCCCAAAAGGGGACUGGAAACCGUCGAGGGGGAGAAGCGAAACCGGAGGAAGAAAGCGAAGAGACAGCCGAGACGGUCGACGAUCACAAGGCAAGGCUGGAGCAUAUGGAGAGACGCUAUCGAAAAGACCUCGAGUCGCUGAAAGAAGUUCGACAGUACUGCGAAGAAACAGUCUGUCGGCGCGCACGCAUUCUGAACUUUUUUGGGGAGAGUCUCCCGCCUCGGCGUUCGUCCGGACCCGGUCCCUCCGGUCGACGCGGCAGUGGCGAAGCGCAGCAGGGGACAGAGAGGAAGCGAAACAGAGAGGCAACGGAACAGGACGUCACGUCCUGCCCCGGGGGCGUCAAGCGAGAGAGAAAAGACCAGCUAGUCAGUGCCGAGAGCCCCGAAGGCACGCCCUCGUCCGGUCCGUCUUCUCCACGGCCCCCAGGCGGCCUGUGUGUCGGGGUGUCUCCCAGCGAGAGGGCGACCCCGUGCAUGAACUGCAGAGAGGCCGAGGCAGGCAAGCGUGAGGUGGAACGAAAGAACCACUCACAUGGAGAGGAAGGAGCAUCGGACCUGAGUCCAGUGUCCGCGGGUAUCUCCAGCGCAGAUGCCUGGCGGUGUUGUGAUUUGUGCGAGCAAAGAGAAGCAGAAAAGGCCAACGGCCGCGGUUCUCUGGGAAAGGCACUCUCCACUGCUGCGCCCUCCGCGCGUCUCCUUGCCUCUCUCGCUUCUCGGGGGUGCACGCGCGUCUCGUCUGCUGCGCGGCCAGCCCGGAGCUUCCCAGGAGGAGGCAUGGCGGCGGUCGUCGGGGAAGACGAGGGUGGGGCGCUCGCCUGUGGCACUCUGGAGUUUGAGAAGAACGACUGUUCAGACGACGAGUCGCGGGGCGAGUCGGGGUGGUACGGAUCCAAAGGGAGUUUUCGGGAGUCGGCACACCUGCGCCGAACGGUUCCCGGCGCGUGGUGUCCUGGCAGCUCAGCACUGUCCAGAGGGCCAGGCGCGGCGCUUGGCAGAGGAAAAGGAACCGAUCAGUUUCGUCGAGGGAUUAGCAUUGGCGCAGGAGGAAGGGGGAGGGUUGUCUACCACACGAGUGCUGAAAGCGCGACUGCGCGGCAGUCAGACGGGAAGAUCUUCCAUGGGGCGCAAGGGUCGACUUGUGCCGGCUCCAGGAGUGAACGGGUUUCCGAUGCGAUUCGGGCGAAAGGAAUCCGGGCUGUUAUGGAAGAGUUGGAGAGGCAGGAACAGCUCGCCGAGGAGGCAGACGAGAUGGAGGGGCCCAAGGCCCAGUCUCGCUUUUUCCGCCAGCGUUUUUCCGCGAUGAAACAGCGCCCCGCCUCAGAGGCGGAGACGCAUGAUCCCUCGUCCUUUUCCUCUCGUCUUCCAUUCCCACGGCCGCGGCCGGCGUCGCUGGCAUCUACGAGCGGAGAUCGGGCUAGCGAAUUGGCCCGGACAGCCGCCUCGCCGUCUGCUGUCGGGCGCACGAACCCGCCGGCGCGUUCGCCGACGUUCGUGAGAGCGUCCACGCUUGCCCGAGACCUUUCAAAGUCGAGUGCUGGGAAAGCUGCUCCACAGUUAAGGUCUGGUCUGUGUCGGCCCCGUGGAAAAGGGUGA